AUGGCAUUCUUGGCUGAAUAUAACCAUCGAUGCGGUACAUGCACUAGCACAUGCUCGUCUGCUCAGAUGACUUCGACGACGCCUUCAACGAUGCCAACAUUUGUAGGUCCAGAGAGCCGCCAUGGGAGGCCUCGAAAACUAACAUCACGAGUGCAGGAAAUGUUCAAAGAAGCAGUCCAGCGUCAGCGGCAUCAUCACUACCAGAGAGCCACAGACAUCGUGCAUGUGAAUGACGUUAACACUGAAGAUGACGAAGAAAUAUCUGAAGAAGAUGAGGAUGAAUCAGACGAUUUGAGGCGGAAGUGGUGUUUCUGUAACGAAAAAAGCUAUGGAGAUAUGGUCGCUUGCGACAACAAGACGUGUCCCUACCAGUGGUUUCACUAUCCUUGUGUUAACGUUUCUUCAACCCCGAAAGGGCGUUGGUAUUGCCCACACUGCACUGAGGAACGAUCGAGUCGCACUGAAACGGGGGACUUCACUCCUGCACCCACGACUGCCGUGCUUUAA